UGACGUCUUUCGCGAAUGAACAGUCAACGAAAUCGUAAUUUUCAAAUUACUUCUUCCUGGAGACUUGUACAUCAUCCCUUGGGUGCUCGUUUUGUUCUAUCCGACCCAAAAAAUGGUAGUCUGGUACCCAUUUGGAGAAACUAUUGGCAGAAAUGUUUAUAUUACGAAUAAACUGAUGCAGAAAUGAGGACGUAUAUGUGAAAACUCGCGUCUAGGGAUUUUUCUAAGGUCUGUCGGUAAAGUUUUCGACGCUCGCAUCACCUUAACACAGGUUGUUCAGGAACUCAAAUUAGGAUGAGUAUGAAAGUUCUUACUAUGAAAUCUAAUAAAAAUAGUGGAACAGGUUCAUUAUGGGGAGAACUGCCAGCAAGAGAAACCUUGAAACAAGAAGUAAUAACACCAGACAUCAUAGAAAAUGUCUGGAGGCAAGUUAUGGAAGAGUCAAACAAUACUGAUUGUGAUUUUCAAAUGGACAGGCAACCUGAAUAUAUACAAUUACCUAUGGGAAAUCUUCAUGUAUUAAACACUAUUAAUCUUCAUCAACAGCUAAGAAUGAUGGAAGAAGGAGUGGUGUUAGGAAAUAUGACAACAAUUGAAACAAAAACUUCACAAGAAGGAAAAGAAACACAAAAUUCAUUUCACUUUUUACCUAUGCAAAAGAAAAGAAACAUGUUUAAAGAUUCUUCUACAAUACAUCACCUCACACCACAAACAGCACGGUGUAUUUUGAGACAUGCAGUUAUUAUUCUUCUAGCUCACAUUGGAUUUGAAAAGUCGUCAGAUAUUGCUAUAGAAACACUUACAGAUAUUGCUGAUCAUUUUUUAAAACGAAUGACACUUUUAAUAAAAGUUGCAUAUGAACAAAAAGAUCAUGGUUUUCCUGAUAUAAUAGAAAGGGUUUUAUUAGAAACCGGCGUUGGUAAUGUAUCCACUCUUCACGACUACUACCAAGAAUAUGUGUUAAAAUUUGAAGAAAACAUGAAAAAGAAAGUCGAAGCAAUGAUGGAAAAACAGAGGCAACUUGAACUUAAUGCUUGUAGUUCUAAGAUGGUUUUAGAUGAAGCAGCAAAUAAACUACAAUUUGAAGAACUUGACGAAUUUGGCAACGUAUAUCGAGAAGUACCGACCCUUCAGUUGUUAGAUCCCGAAAUGGGCUUUCCUCCUAGUUUAGAUGCUGGCUUUCAAAUGUUAUAUAGUCUUGAACAAGACGAAUUGAAUAACUUAGAAGUGGAAGAAGAAGAAGUAAAUGUGAGCGAUUCUCCAAGUGUUGGACAACGAUCUGAUACGAGUGAUAAAAAGAAGUCUUGAUAUGUUUAAUAAUCGUACAAUUGUAAUUUUUCUUAUAUUUACUUAUUGUAAGAUAAAACUUUACAAUAAAUUCCUAAUAUUAUUAAUGUUUUUAA